AGAUCAUUUUCUACGUAUGGAAGAUGAGCCAUUUAUACGAAGGCAGCUCCGCUGGAAAUAUAAGACGAAUCAAGGAGUAUAGAUAUGCACUACAAUUUUGUGCAAUAUCCAUUUUCUAUCUGUGUGCGUGGGUUAUGUUCCGAGUGUUUCCUGUAUUGAUCGGAGAAAGCGGAGUGGAAUAUUUCAUUGUCAUCUCAGCAUGCGUGACGUUGAACGCAUCAGCAAAUGCCAUCGUUUACAUCACUUCUAAUUUUGAGGUUCAAAGUGUGCUUUCUGGUACAACAAUUAGUUCUUUGCUCCAUGCAAGCUUAUCACAUACGGAGCGCAAAUCUAGGACAAAUCCUACUAUUUCGCAGAAAGUAAUUGAACACAGAGGAGAAUAAUUCAGAUGUGUGUUACCUUACACAUGCAAC